AGUGUGAUCCACGCGGCCAAACCGCGAGGAUGCGUAUUUAGGAUAAAUAUUUUGACGGUUAUUGAAAGAAAUUACCCUCGAAAUAGAAUAUUUUUCAAUUCGUGAUAGUCGUAUAGAAAUAGUAUGUAAUUAUUGUUCGGUGUUUUCGUAAAAUUUUUCAGGAAAUUUUUUUUAUUUACAUAAGAAAUUAUGUUUCAAAGUGAAUCAAUACACGUAAAAUACGUAACAAUUACCGUUUCAAUAAAACAACAACAGAACAUUUUUUUAAGAUUUUAAAAUUGUGAAAUUUAUUAUAAAAAAAACAUCGAUAGAAUUACGUGUGAAAUUCAAAAGGAUUUGUAGUACCGAAAUUUAAAUCGCAAAAGUUUUAAUCACGAAUUCCUACGUUCCCAUUUCAUGCUCGUUUCGAAACUAUGAUCCUAUUCAAAAAACCAUUUUCGCUUUCUCGAGAAACGAAAAGUCGAUGAGAAUAAUCUCGAAUUCUAAAAGCAUUUAGUAUUACGAACUAUUUGAUCGUUAAGUUCGAAAUUGUCGUUUGCGAAAAGUUUCUCUUAUGUCGUUAUAAAUGAAGGUACGAAUAACGAUUAAUCUAAAAACAUCGUUACACAAGAUAAAGAGGAAUCGUUUUCAAAAUUACCUGCAUACUGGUGAGAACCAGUUCCAAGUGAAGCGAGCUAAGGUUACACAUCCUCACUGAUCAUUCUAGAUUACUGGUAAAAACAAUGUGGUCACAAAAUCCACGUGAGAGAAAAAGAAGCAUGUAAUUCGAAACCAUUAAACAGAUCGAAAGGCAUUGUAACGACAUCUCGCGGAACAAUUUUACGCGCGAAUUAUCACUAAUGAAUUUUUAUAUUUAUGCAAUUAUUCGAUAAUACAAUAAUUUCAAAUAUAUAUAUGUUCCAUUCGCGAUUGAUCCAUUCACGAAAAAAUCGUAAAUUUAAUGGAAUCAAUUACUGAAAUGAAACCGAUAAUGAUCGCUGGCCACUCGAAUCCUCGCAAUGAGCCACUUGAUUCUUAAUGAAACUAUUCAACGAUUCUAUUCGCGGAUUCAUAUCUUAGUUGAGAUUUCAAUCGAUCACAGUUUGUUUUGUUGUUGAAAGAGUAAAGAUACUCGAUUAUCGGUUUUAUUAACUAGAUUCUUUUCACAAUUUGAAGUUUAAGACAACACGAUGCCGUAUCACUUCGAGUUCCCACCGUUUACUACCUGAUGUUAGCCACGAGGCAUAAUUGUCGCGCAGAUCGCAUGACUAUCGAUUAUCGGAAAUAGUUCGAUUUCUCUAGAGAAUCUCGCAGUGAUCUCGCUGCAGUGUUGUGAAUAUCAUGAGUGACAUUGACAUUCGAAUUGUUGUUAGUGCAGUGAAAAAAUUGAAAAAAAGAAUGUUAUUAUGAACGAAGAAUUGUGUAAUGAAGAAAAAAAAUUGCAGUUGGAAAUUAAAAUUCAAGAAAUUGCCUAAAAAUGUAGAAAGGCGAGAAAGGGUCAGAUCGAGGAAAAGUUAGAAACAUUAGAACAGCGAAAGAAAGCCGAUCUUAAAGAAUCCGUGAAUCCCGGGGAAUGUUGGAAAAUGUCGUGGAGAAGGCUCUCAACGCCAUCGUGAUCGCGUUUCCUAAUUAGAUUAGGAAGGGAACGGCCGAUUAUUUGAAAACUGGUCGACCCAAUCCCCAAUUUUCCUGAUGUGAAGGAUGUGCGAAACUGUCGAGGAGAUCGAGUGAGUUUCCGUUCGAAGCGCGAAUUCGACAGAAGGUAAUUAUGCGGAGUAGAAGACAGAGUGGGGUGUCGCGAGUGAAUAGGGUGACGAGGCGUUGCUCUUUCGUGGACAAGGUGCCCUAGUUCCCUAGAAUGGCUCGGUGUCCGCGUGAGUCGUGCUCCCUGUGACAAAGUUUGGGAGAAAUCUAACGGAUUUGCCAGAACACCGGAUGAACAGAGGCCAGAUCCGGACGGAUCCCUGUCGAUACGAUUUUGCCGCGACAUGGAGGGGGAUCUGAUCACCUCUUGGACCGGCAACCUGACCGCGAUGUUGCACCACCUGCCCUGUAACGACAGCUUCCUCGGAUGCGUGGAGGAGUGCGGAUUCGCCUCGUCGGGAUUCGAUCACGUGUGCACGGCCGAGAAGGGAACCUUCGCUUCGUCCAUGACUCUGCUCUGCAGGCCCUGCGAUUACAGCUGCGACGUGAACGUGUCCCUGGUACUCAGCGGACUGGAGAGCGUAGAGGGCGUUUUCCUGUCCAGGUUUUCGAGGUUCAAGGAGUGCAACGAGACCGAUUUUCCCGAUCAGAUUUUGGAGUGCACGGCGACGGAGAACGCGACUACCGAAGACCUGACCGUCUCUUGCUCGCACAGGACGAAGUUGAGCUCGACUGGGAACAGAGGGCGACGUCUCGACUGGAACUUUCUCUUCGUUGCUGUAUUUAUCGUGGCGGGUGGCCUGGGGAACAUACUCGUCUGCCUCGCUGUGGGGCUCGAUAAAAGGCUGCACAACGUCACCAAUUACUUCCUUUUGUCUCUCGCGGUGGCCGAUUUACUCGUCAGCCUGUUCGUCAUGCCUCUGGGCGCGAUCCCAGGCUUCUUGGGAUACUGGCCAUUCGGAGUGGUGUGGUGUAACGUGUACGUGACGUGCGAUGUGCUGGCUUGUUCCGCGAGCAUAAUGCACAUGUGCUUCAUCUCGUUGGGCCGGUAUCUCGGCAUCCGGAACCCUUUGCGGACGAGGCACACGUCCACCAAACGGAUGGUCGGCUUCAAGAUAGCGGCUGUGUGGUUGCUCGCCAUGUUGGUCUCCAGCUCGAUCACGGUUUUGGGCAUAAUAAAUCCUCUAAACAUUAUGCCACGGCCGGGAGCAUGCGUGAUCAACAACAGAGCGUUUUUCGUGUUCGGUUCUCUGAUCGCCUUCUACAUACCCAUGAUCGUCAUGGUAGCCACUUACGUUCUGACGGUGCAGCUGCUCAGGCAAAAAGCUCGUUUCAUCGCGGAACAUCCUGAACGAGAUCAAUUUCGAAGGCUGGGAGGCAGAUACUUCUCGACGAAGGCCUCCUCCACCGCCACUUCGACCGUGGAAACGGCCACCCCUUCGUCAUCGCGGUACACGUGGAGGACUUCCGGCGGUGUCGGAAGCGACAGUUUAACCAAAUUAAACGCGGAGGCUCUGUACCAUCGCAAGCAUAACAGGUGCAGGGGGGCAAGGUCGGCCGCAAAGUCUCAACCGCAGUUGAAUUUCGCCGUGAACGGGGCGAGUAACCCGGCCGGAAGCGGAACCGGGUCGACGAGACUGGCGACGAAAGUGGAUCAGGCGACGCAAACGCCGGAGAAUAUCGGCCGUGAAACAAGGAAUUUCACUCUGAAGGCUUUGAAGCUCCAAUUAAACGUCACUCCCAACACCCUGAAUCUCAGGUUUCUCCCCGGCAGAACGAAGAGGAGAUCGUUGGCCGCGAACGCCGUUGCAACGGAGCAGAAAGCCAGCAAGGUGUUGGGCUUGGUUUUCUUCAUGUUCGUGCUCUGCUGGGCCCCGUUUUUUCUACUGAACAUAUUUUUCGCCGCGUGUCCCGAGUGCUCGGUGCCGGUACACGUGGUCAACGUAUGCCUGUGGCUCGGAUACGUGUCCUCCACGAUCAAUCCGGUGAUCUACACCAUCUUCAAUAGAACGUUCAGGGCUGCGUUCAUCAGAUUGUUGAAGUGCAAGUGUUCCAGGUCAGCAAGGCCGAGACACCGUUCGGUGACGGAAAGUGGACGAAACGCGAUGAGCCUGUGCACCCCGACCGCGCUGCCAUUGGUCAUUAGUCUUCAGGGUACGCCGUUGUUGACGCCAACACCGAAUCCGACGGCCACGCCGGCCUCGGCAACCUCCUACGUCACGAUGAUGCAUCGCACGCCAACCUCCCUUUACCGUGACACUUUUCAUCAACACGAGCACGAUCAGAAUUGUUGAGGAGAACAAAAGUGUCCCUUCUCGAGGAUGUGAGAUCGAUCACACACACGGGUGGAACGAUUCCUCGUAUCGAGGGGAUUUCUUUCAGUCUUUUUUUCUCUUUUUUUUUUCCUAUUUUUCCCCAUCUUUGCGAAAUUCCAUUAUCGAUGGAUUCCGUUAUGCGAAUUCGAGAAAUCGGGGAAGUAUGUACAAAAGUUUUCCAACUAGAAAUUAUUCCCCGUAUUAUUUACGAGAUGAAGUGAAAUUAAAAGUUUCAACCCUUCGAAUAUGGAUAUAUACGAUAUGGAACAUGGAUGCGUAAUCUCGAAUAGAGAGAAAUCGAGUAACUCGAGAGAAUGUUUGAUCUAAAAAUACCUGCCGCACAAUUUUUGCCUCCGUGUCUUUUCAUGCUCAAUCGUGGUAGAGGAAGAACAGCAAAGAAUCCCGAGAAGAAAUAUAUAUAUAUAUAUAUGUAAAUGUGAUAAAACAUUUUGUAUUAUCGUUUACUUUCUUCUGGAAAUUUUCCGGACGAUGCAAAGAUCGUUGAUCCAAGUGUUUCAUCGAACCAAAGAUUAUUCAUAAGUGGAAACGUACCUUUUAGAGAGAAGUGAUCGUUGUAACGAAGUAAAAUUAGAAGUAAAAUUGCAUGGAAUAAAGAAUAGCGCGUCGAUUCCAUCGUAAUGAUCGUGCGGACGAUUAUUUUUCAUCGAUCUUGUAUCUCUCUCUCUCCUUUUUUUUUCUUUUUUCUUCUCCGAUACGUGUCGAUUAAAACGCACUAUCAUCUGUGAUACCGAUGGAAAAAAUAUUUCUUUGUUCUCCACCGCGGACGUUGAGAUUAUUCCUCGUAGAGAUUCGAUAAACAAAACGAUUAAGAAUCCAGAAGAGAUACGAAUUAUAAUAAAGAUAGAAUCUUAUUUACCUAUAGAAUUUUCUCGAUUUUAAAUCCAUCGUUCUUGAGAUCGACGAAAUUCCCAUACUUUCCAGCCAGGAGGAAAGAAAAAAAAAAAAUGUCAUUCCUACUUUACCUUCAUUUGUACUAACUUUUAUUUGACAAAUAAAAAGUAUCCAUUACAAAUAAUUGUAAACUGUAUAUCUUAUAUAAUACACACAUCGUGAUACGAGCGAGAUUACGAUUCUCUCUCUCUCUUUCUCUCUUACCCAUUCUCUCAUGCAUACAUUUUUCAUCUUAAUUGUACACGCACACCACUUUCUCCCUCUCUUUCUCUCUCUUUCUGUCUCGAUUUUCUUUUUCUCAACCCUCGGCCGAUUCGCAAUUUACGAACUUUCUUCCAUCCGUGUCUUCCCUCGACACGCGUUCACACACACACACACACACACACAGAGAUACACACGGUAAACACACCAAUUUCUCUCCCUCUCACGCAUUUCGUGUGUGUAUAUGUAUGUAUGUAUAUGUAUUUAUGUAUGUUUCUCUGUUUUGUUGCCUGUUUCUCGUGUGUUACUCUUAUUACAUAAAUCGAUCUCGGAGUAUAAUGAAAAAAUGUUCCGUGCCGCUUCCAUAUGACUAUUCAAAUUCGGCAAAAGCGAAUAAUUUAUUAUCUACGACUAUUGACGCCAAUAAUUUCGAAAUAAAAAAAAAAAAAAUCAUACAUAAAAUGAUAUUUCUUUUAGAAUUUAAGAAUAUUUGCAAUUCCACCAUCGAAUUUCUCGUCAAGUGUUAAAUAUCGAUAGCAGAGAAAAAUGGACUGAAUGUAAAUUAAAAUCAACGAGAACAAAUUCAUCGUUGCAAUUGGAAGAGAAGCUUGCCAAGAACAUUUCUCAUCCCCGACAUCACGAAAAAGACGGUACAAUCGAUCGUGAGUCGAACGAAAAUGCACGCGCGAUUCUCUGUUCGAGAUCACGCGGACGUAAAAGAUUCCCUUUUUAUUUCUUUCUUAUUUAUUUUUUUUUUCCUUUUUUCUUCCUUUUUUUUUUAUCUUGUUUAACACGACGCUGUGUGGGGGUGGAUCAUCGGAAAAGAGGGGACUUGGUUUUCCUUAUUAAACCUAAGAGAAAAAAAGG